CCUCCAGUGCACAGAGUGACUGGGAUCCUCUAUUACAGCUGCGCUCGUCUGGGGGACACUUAGGUUCUUGUCACUCGGGGCCCCCAAUAUAUCAGAGGAAGAUGACGAAGAUGUUCCCCCUCGUUGUGCUUCUCCUCCAUGUGUCUGCGGUGUGUUCUGACAGUCACUCUCUGCGCUAUUAUAUGACGGGGGUCUCAGCUCCGGGGUCCGGGCUGCCGGAAUAUUCUGAAGUCGGAUACGUGGAUGAUCGGGAGAUUGUGAAUUAUAACUCAGAGAUUGGAAGAAUGAAACCCAACGUGAAGUGGAUGGAAAAAGUGGAUCCAGGAUACUGGGAGGAACAGACACAGAACGCUAAAGGAAAUGAGGCCGUAUUCAGAUAUAAUGUGAGGACACUGAUGAGCCGCUUCAACCAGACCGGAGGUUUCCAUAUUGUCCAGUGGAUGUACGGCUGUGAGCGGAGAGAUGACGGCGUCACAGGAUACAUGCAGUACGGAUAUGAUGGAGGAGAGUUCAUGUCCCUGGACACACAGACGUGGACAUUUAUCCCCACCAUGUCCCAGGCUCAGAUCACCGCACAGAGAUGGAACAGUCAGGAGGAACAAGUGGGGCAGAGAAACAAGAAUUAUCUGGAGAAUAUCUGUAUAGACUGGCUGAAGAAACAUGUGGAGAACGGGAGAGAAGAUCUGGAGAGGAGAGUUCAGCCGCAGGUGAAGGUCUCCGGUCAGAAGAAAGGUGACACCAUGAUGCUUCACUGCCAGGUGUACGGAUUUCACCCCCGAGCUGUGCACGUGAAGUGGAUGAAGAACGGGGACGACGUUCCCGACUAUGAGACCACACGGACCCUCCCCAAUCCUGACGGCACCUAUCAGAUCAGGGUCAGUGCGGAAGUGAUCCCCAAAGAGGGCGAGAGUUACUCCUGUUAUGUGGAUCACAGCAGCCUGGACGAGCCGCUGAACGUUGUGUGGGAACCAAGUAAUCCGAGUGUCUGGGUCACCGCUGUGGUCGUGGCUGUGGUGGUCCUCAUUCUUCUUGCUGCUGCCAUUGGUGGAUUUGUCCUAUACAGAAGGAAGAAAGCCGGCUACAAGACGACCAGCACUUCAGACACUUCGUCAUCUGACGCGUCCGCUAAUGCCGCUAAAGCCUAACGAUCCAGACGAUUGGCCAUGAGCUUCCAUUCUUCUAGAAGACAAGGAAUCUCACCUUUCCAUCUGUCAUCACUUCCCUUCAUUGUGUGUAAUGUAGAAGAAACCUGCCACAUACAAUCAUCUGAUUUCUAUUCAGCCUAAUCCUGGAAUAAAAUGGCUGCUGAGACAAUUUCACCCACAGACGAGCAGAAAGAUUAGGCACCUAGGGGGAGAUUUAUCAAGACCAGCGCUUUCUGUGUCAGCCUUGAUAUCUCCUGUGCUGCCGGGGGAUGCACCUAACUUAUGACAAGGCACAGGUCUCGUCAUAAAUUAAGUGCUUCCUCCGACAGUCUGUGCGCCUAAACAGAAAUCUGCGGGAGCCUUGAGCUACUGUAGAUUUUUGACUUCAUUUGUUCCAGAAAACUGGUGUAAAUGAAAAUAACUUUGUCUCAGGUGUUGGCCACAACACUUUCCCAUCCUCGUUACACCCUCUUUUGGAAAAGUGGCAAUGGCAGCGUAAAAGAGGCACUUGAAAUAUUAAGCGGAUCCAAUAAUUUAGUGAAAUGCUUUGGCAUUAGCGGUAAAUUUUGUUAUAUGGCAGGUUUUCUUCAAUACAUAAUCGGAUUGUUUGCAUACCUUUUGACUUUCCUUUAAAUUUUCUGGAUAAUUACAAUAAGGUUUGGGGUUAAGGCUUUACAUUUUACAAUCUUACAGUUAUUCGCAAUAAAAAGUGCAUUAUAUAAGGACAAAAUCAGUUUAUAGAACGUUAUGCCGCUUUAAUUCAUGCUUUUCACAUUUAUAGUCGCUUCAUACUUUCAGUCAGGUUUUGGAUUUCAUUUUACUGUAGUUUAAGUUUUAUUCUAAGUUUGUUAGAUAUAUACAUACACAUAGGAUAUAGAGGAAGAAAAUAAGAAAAAAAAAUCUCAAGCUCCAUCAGACCACCAUAUCAGACCCCAUUUCUACUGAGGUCAGUCCCCUAUUAUGCCCCCAUUCCUCCUCAGACCUCUGUAUCAGACCCCCAUUCCUCCUCAGACCUCUGUAUCAGACCCCCAUUCCUCCUCCUCAGACCCCCACUCCUCCUCAGAUGAGACUCCCAAGCUCCUCCAGCAGUCCGGACACGUGCAGUGUGGCGCCCAGAAGACCAGCCAGAGCAGAACUGCACUCACCGCUCCCCGUGCCUCCUGCACACUGAUGUCCACUUUCAGAGUCAUUAGUAUUUGCUCCAUAAGAUGCACUAUAAUUUCUCCCCCCGCU